GCUACUCGACAACAACUUGGAGGGGAGUAAUUGCGCGUUAUAUAUUUCCAAUGCUGCCGUUGAUGGUGGCGGGAUCAUUGUGAAGGGAAAUACGCUGAUCACAACGGAGGAGGGUCAGGGUGUGGAAUCAUCUGUUUGCGUUAAUGCUAUUGAUGUGAGGAACGGCGGCUACUUUGACGUUGAGAACACCACGAUGAGUGCUGCUAAUGGCGUUAUUUUUUUUGGGGAUACCACCGUGAGCACCGCGGGGCUGCUGCGAGUGGCGGACUGCACCUUUAUUGGCAGCACGAAGGUUUUGACUUCUGCGCUGUCGUAUUUGUCUGGCUCGGUGACCCUCGAGGGAGGUGCGCAGUGGCGUGUGGAGGGCAACAGCGUGAGUGCAGCCUCGGUAUUAAAUAUUCCUCAUUUUCAGCACAAAAUUCAGCUGUCGGGCAGCGGCACCACCGUGGCGCUUGCACACAACCGUCAGGUGGACUCGAGGGUUUCCUUCGCCAAAUUUCUCCCAUCGAGCAUUGUCGUGAAGUUACCCGCGCGGUUUGUGGUUGGGUGCAACCUGCAGGGCGAUGAGGAGGUGUCGUACGACGAUGUGUUUCCGGAGGGCGUGGUGGUGUUCAGGUGCGGCACAUGCAACGACGACGCGGCGUGCUACAUGCCCGGGACGGAGUCGGUGGACCGCGGCUCGUUCUCGUGCAGCUGCAAGGACGGAUGGCAUGGCGCGUCGUGUCUUCCCUUCGAGGUGCCCGACACGGUUUUGCCGCCCGUGGCGGAGAGAGCCGUUGACGGCGACACGAGCUGCGUGGUGAACCAGACGCUGACGAGCCUAGCGCUGGACAUGUGGAAGACACACCACUGCUACGUGGGUGUGACGUUCAGCGGCGUGGGUGCCGUGCUGACGUUUUUCCUCGACAGUAUGCCGCUGCAUCUCCCCAUCAACAUCACGCUCACUGAGUGCAUAUUCCGUGAGGGUGCCGCGCUGCAGUUUGUUGGUGGUGCUUCUGCGGCCGAGUCAGCCGGUGUCCUGAUCCGCGUGAGCCAUACUGUAAUGCGGUCUUCCGUUGUUGCUUUUGCACUUGCCCUCCCGCAGCACUGCGACAUUGCCGUCACGGAGGUUGACGCGGUGCAGUCCUCCGAGGUCCAGCUGCCACACAUUAGGACCAACAUGCUGAGCGUAUUUUUACUGGUGAACAUCAUGUUUAGUGCGUCCUCGCUGUUGGUCAGCAACGUCAAGGCUCAUUCCUUGAGGUACGGUGCGCUUGGUUUGUACUCGACAGGGACGCUGACGCUGGAGCGUGGCAGCUCGCUGUAUGUGCAGUACUGCAGCUUCGCUGGGUACAUGCAUAUGUUUUACGUGAAUAUCCUCAGUGUGAGUGACCACUCCGUUUUUGCGCUGCUCAACAAUACAAUGUCCUCCGGGACAAGCCUGCUGUGUCAGCAACAAGAAUUGAGCGUGUCAGAUCACAGCGUGCUGCGCGUGGUGGGGAACAGCGGCUCCGUGUCCUAUGCCAUAUAUUCACUAAGCUUUUUUACCGUCCACCAUUCAAGCUGGCUGGAUUGGCGCUACAACGACGUGGGAGUGGGUGCGAUGUUUCAUUACUCCCUAAUAACUACUAUGAACAUCGACGGCAGCAGUGUGGUGACGCUGACGGGCUGCACGAUGGGCUCGACGGGGCUGUCGGUACCUCUGCUAUCGCAGGCUGACGCCGGCUACCGGUUCGUUGCUGGGUGCCUGACGGUCGCGGGACGGGAGGUGACGACGGCGGCUGAACUGGCGCUGAACGGCAUCACCAGCGUGACGACGGUUGCUGCGUGCGGGGAGUGCACGAAGGAGGGCGACUGCUUUGCUCCGCUGACGACGGCGGUCAGCGGCUGCAAGUGCCGGUGC